AUGACACCUAGCUCGAAAACAGCCUCCAAAGAGGAUAUGGAAGCCAAGUUAGAGACGAAGCAUGUCGUAGACACCAAAGACAGCUUACCGAGCCAAUCGCUAGACACGAUUGAGGAUACCCAACCAGGCUAUUUUACCUGGCUUGUCUCGAUUACCAUCGGCGUGAGCGGCUUUUUGUUCGGCCUUGGAGUGGGGUCGGCAGCUAUGAUCAUUCCACUUUAUAUUGCCGAAGUGUCUCCAGCAAAGUACCGAGGGCGCAUGAUUGGGAUAGACAACAUGUCUAUUACUGGAGGGCAGCUGAUUGCGUACGGCGUCGGUGCUUCCUCGCUAAUACCUCCCAUGGAUGGCGAUACAUGCGAAGAAGCCACUAAAGUAGUCGCAAAGGUCUUUCCUAGAGGAUCGGAUCUGCAAUUUCAGCAGAAAGUGCAACGCAUGACCAUUGAUGUUGACGAAGCUCUUGUGCUUUCUGGAGAGGGAGAAUUCUGGCGACAGAUGAAACAAAUGUACACGGUACCUGCCAAUUUACGUGCUCUGGUAGCGGCCUGUGGGCUGAUGGGUAUGCAACAAUUUACGGGAUACAACACAUUGAUGUAUUAUUCAUCGACUCUUUUCGGCAUUGUUGGAUUCACAAACCCUAUUGCCGUAGGAAAAAUCAUUGCAGGAACGGGGCUUGGUUGCACCUUUAUAUAUUUCCUACUGAUUGAUCGAUUUGGACGACGAUUCAUCCUUCUUGCUACCAUGUGGGGCAUGGCUGCGUUUCUGGUUAUCGCUGCGAUAGGAUUCCAUUCUAUUCCGACUCUACCAGAUCUUACCUUAGAAACAACAAAUAUCGGCUGGCCCGCAUAUCUAGUUCUGGCAUCGAUGAUCAUUUUUGUUGUUUUCUACUCGCUUGGCAUUGGGAACUUGGCAUGGGUUUCUAGCGAGUUCUUUCCGAUCGAAAUUCGCACUCUUGGUACACUGAUGAUGACCUGCACCUGUUGGGGCACUAAUAUCAUCGUCGCCUCGACGUUUCUAACACAGAUGGAUAAUACAACUCCAUCAGGUGCAUUCGGGUUUUAUGCUGCCUUGUGCUUCAUCGGUUGGACCGGGGUUUAUUUCGUCUAUCCCGAAGUUAAAGGAAUGAAUCUGGAAGAUAUUCGAGAAGUCUUCAAUCAUGGAUUUGGUGUGGAAUAUGCUCGGAGUGUCCAAAAGGAGCUUGAACGUAAGGCAAAAGCUCAAGCCCGAGGAGAAACUAGAGGAGCAGAUCCAUGA